UUGCAGUCGCUUCAAGUGGUCGUUACUCAAGUAACGCUUAAAACAAAUAUUUUUUGAAUCUUUGUGGUUGUGUUUACAUUGAAUACAGUAUUAACAUGGAGCAAUAUUAUUCUAGCGAUGAUGAUGUUUGCUGGGGGCCACCUACGUUACGAGAAAUAAAAAGGUCCUUAAAACGACCGAUUGAUAGAGAUCAUAUAAAUCGCAGAAGAACAAUUGGUUAUAAUUCACCUUUAAAACAGGAAAGCAUGGUACAAACUCCAGAGCCUGAUCAUAUAAAAGAUAUAAUUGAAGAUGUGUCGAAACUUUCCAUUAAAUCUACAUAUUAUACUCCAAAUGAAACUAUGCUUCCAGAAAAAGUUGAUGCAGCAAACACUUCACAAUUUUGUCAGGAUGUGGAAGCACCAAAUACAUCAAGAUUUUGUGAAGAAAUUUCUAAGAUUUUAGAUGACACUGAACCUGUAACAUUUGUCACAGCCACUACUGAUUUGUCCACUGAAAGUCUGUUGCCACAAAGUAUAGCAAUUAUAGAUAAAUUGAAAAGCACCCUUGAUUCUAUAAUGCUCACUAAGAAAAAUUUUAAAGUUGGCUCUAAUGUUACAUUGAUGGGCAACCGAGUUCAAUGUACUGAUUUAAUUGAUAACGUUGAGAUGACACUAGCACCUAUUGAAUCAUCUGAUGAAGAUGAAGAUAAAGAGAUCACUAAUAAUAUUGAGAAUAUUAUCCAGAAAUUAAGUGUUGAUAAUAGUGACUAUGAAGAUGAUUUAAACACAAAACAAGAGAAUUUUGUGGAUUCAGCAUUUCAACAGAUCAAAUUGUCUGAAGUAAUUGAAAUAUCUGAUGAUGAGUCAUUAGAAGUUCAUGAAAUAGAACAGACAUUUGCAGAUACUUCUGAAUGUCAAAAUAUAUCUGAUGAUAAUGAACAAGAUUUUGAAUUAGGUAAAUCAAAUAAAAGGAUAAUGUCAGAAAUUGAGGAGAAUUUCGAUAAUGCUGAGAUAUCAAUUGAAGAAAAGAUUGAGGAAAAAAAUGAAAUAUUAAGAUUUCAAGGAACUCAAUCUCAAUAUGAAGAUAUAUCAUGUAUUGAAGACACGGAUCUGCACAAAAUUAAUAAUAAAGCUGCUGUUUUAGAAGAUAGCCAUAAUGAUUCUGAAGCUAGUUUUGAAUAUAAAUGCAUGAGAAAUACUCCUAAUGAUGUGUAUAGUAUUGGAGAUGAAAAUAAGGCUGAAAACUCUGUUUACAACAUUGUAAAUAAUGAAGAUGUAUCAAUGAGUGAUGAUGAAAAUAUGUAUGAAGAAAACAAAGAAAAUGACAGAUCAGAAUAUGUUUUUGAUGAUACACUUGAAGAAAUUAAUAGAGCGUUAAAUGAAGGACUUGAUUAUGACUCUCCCAGUGAGAAACUCAAUUCACCAGUUGAAAAAAGCAGUGCUAAAAAAGUAAGCUAUGAGUCCAAACUUAAGCCACCAAAUGAGUACAAUAUUCUGAAGACUGUGAAGCCACAAAUGGAGCAGCUGAUGGUGACCCCAGAUUUCAAACAACCCAUGAGGCCUAUGAGAAGAAGCCCGACACCGAUGCAUCAACGGAACGCGUUGAACUUCAGGGAAAUAGUCAGUCCGGUUGCUGUUUAUAUCAAGAGCAGUGCGACUCCUCUUCAAAAGAACGUCAAUCUUCGCAUGAUGGACCAAUUACCAAAGAAGAUUGUCGCGAAAAGCCCUUCGACCAAACAAAAAUUUUGCGCUUUGCCAGACGUAGUCUACAGGCCUGCCAGCAAGAAAUGUUUAACGAAGGAAAAGGAAAUCAAGUUUGGAGGAAAGAUCGAGAAGCUUUUAUUCACGAAGCCAGAGGUUAUCAGACACGAGAAGAAGUUCAUCAGUAAACCUAUUAAUGUUCAACAGAAGCUGCUGGAAAAUAAUUUGACCAUUAACAGUUCACACUCGAGUAUCAUGGAUGCUACUCAGGAUGUGUCGGUAUUAACUUCCAAGAAAACUUUUAUUCGUUAAUUAUUAUCACUAAUAUAUUCCCUUAUUUUAUAUAUUCUGUGAUAUUGCUUCUUUUUUUCUGCAAAAAUGUAUGUACAUUUCUUUCUAUGUGUUUAGAAUAUUAUAGUUUGAUAUUUCAAACUUCAAUUUAUUCUUAUAUUUUACAAUUGGU